ACACCUUCAUUUUCUGAACUGCCGAAGUAGAAUGAGCAGAGAGAAACAUGGGGAAAACCAUUUUGCUUCUCAUCACUGUGGUCCUUGUAGCUUAUUAUGUUUAUAUCCCUCUUCCAGGUGAUAUUGAGGAGCCUUGGAAACUGAUACUCAAAAUCAAAACAGAAAGCGUAUUCAUGGAUUUGGCUUCUAUUGCUGAACUUCUGGGAAUCAAUCAUCUCAUGAGCACAAUACAAUUGUUUAGUAGAUUUCAAGAAGUCCUGGCCACUUCUGAUGAAAAUGUCACUGUAAUAGACACAGCUUUCAGCAGUGUUCCUGUUCGCAUAUACAUGCCCAAAAGGAAGUCAGAGACGCUCAGGAGGGGCCUGUUUUAUAUUCACGGUGGUGGCUGGUGUUUGGGGAGUGCUGCUCUUUCUAUGUAUGACCUUCUGGCAAGAAAGACAGCUGAUAGACUCGAUGCUGUUGUCGUGUCAACUGACUAUGGCUUGGCCCCCAAAUAUCAUUUCCCACGUCAGUUUGAAGAUGUAUACAGUGCCUUACGAUGGUUCUUACAGGAAGACAUUCUUGAAAGAUAUGGCGUAGAUCCUCGAAGAGUUGGUGUAGCUGGGGACAGUGCUGGUGGGAACUUGGCUGCAGCUGUGACCCAACAGCUCAUACAGGAUCCAGAUGUCAAGACAAAACUCAAGGUUCAGGCCUUAAUAUAUCCUGCUCUUCAGGCUCUUGAUAUAAAUUUACCAUCGUAUCAAGAAGGUUCAUAUUUUCCAAUUUUAUCCCCCUCAUUGAUGGCCAGGUUCUGGAGUGAAUACUUUACUACAGAUCGAACCCUGGAGAAAGCCAUGCUUCUCAACCAACAUGUACCUCUGGAAUCCAGCCAUCUGUUCCAAUUUGUAAACUGGAGUUCCUUACUCCCUGAGAGAUAUAAGAAAGGUCACGUCUACAAGAGUCCCACUCCUGGUAGUUCUGAACUGUCUAAAAAGUACCCAGGGUUCCUAGAUGUGAAGGCUUGCCCUCUGUUGGCCAACGACAACACUUUGAGUCACUUACCUCUGACCUAUAUCAUCACUUGUCAGUAUGAUGUCCUAAGAGAUGAUGGACUCAUGUAUGUCACGCGGCUUCAGAAUGUUGGAGUUCAGGUGACACAUCACCACAUUGAGGAUGGAUUCCAUGGAGCAUUUACCCUUCAUGGUUUUAAAAUUGCACACAUGAUGCAAAAUCAGUACUUGACUUGGCUAAUGAAAAAUCUAUAGCAAAAGCUACUCACUGAUUUGUUGAAGAUACAUAAAUAACAAAAAAGGAAUAAACUAGGAAAAACCAUGAUUCUGAGGUUUCAUAUCCUGUUUAAAACCUCUGUUGUUCCUAAGGAGUUGGUAGCUUCUGUGUUUUGUUACUGUUAUUUAUUAUUAACAGACAUCUUUCUACUCCUCCUGUAUUUACCUACAGAAACACACCUGCAAACCAGGGUUUAUGUAGGUGCAGACAAUCUAAAUUCAUGUGCUUGUGAAGCAGGUGCGUUACCCACUGAGCCAUGUGUCCAGGUCCAGAUUCUGUAACAAUUCUACGGUGCUCUUUUCCUAUCCAUUAUUAUUAUACCUGUAAGAAAAUUGGAGCUUAACGAAGUGAAACAAUAACAUAUGUUCCAAAUGUAGAUACCAAUUGCAGGAAUGAUUCUCAAGUCCAUGUAGUCACAACAGCAAUGCUUUAGAUUUGGAAACUAAACUUAAUUUUAUACUUCAUCAUUAAAAUGAAAUCUGAUCAAAUUUGCCCUAUGCUCUUGAUGUAUACUUUAAGCUAGGCUUCAAAGUAAAGCAUAAUUUAUAUAGUUUCUGAAGUUUCAUACUACCCAAUGCUUACUUUAAAUUAUUUUAAUGUUGAUAACAUUUUAUCAGUUCAUUAAUAUUGAGAAGAAUUUCACCGUUUUAGUUCAAAAUCCAUGUGCUUAUAACAAAUGUGCAUAUUUCAUUCUGUUCUUCUUUUAUAUUUCCAAGAGAAUGAGGUUUUGCAUACAGCAUUCUGUUCAAAGGACCUUGGAAGUAGAUCCAUAAAGUAGUAACAUUAAUUUCUGAAUUUUCUAGUUUUGCUUCCCACUGAUUCAGUGAAAAUGCUCUGAUUGUGUGGUUAAGUUCAAUACAUUAUACUAAUCUCUUUUCUGCUUGUAUGAGCUUGCAUGCAUAUUUAUUUUCUGCACCAGUAAAAUGGAUGCAAUUAUGCCUUGUUAACAGGAUUAGGUAAGAAAUGAAUUAAUUCGAAUAUUCAAUGGGAAAUUUUUAUAUAAUUCAUUAAGUACUAUAGAAGUAUAUUUCAGGUAAGGAGGGUACUGGAUCCUGAGACCCAAAUCUACAUUUCUCAGCUUGCUUAGCUCCAAGGAUGACAAGUCUCAAGUCCACAGACCUCCAACUUCUAACCCACACUUUUACUUUUAGCUUCAGAUGUGUAAUCCUACCCCUGAAACAGAAACAACAUGAAAACUCUGAAGACCAUGUCACCUUUAAAGUUUACUAAUCCCAGAAUAAGGGGCCUGAUGAAUAUGACCUAUGUAGAAGGAGCUGCGGGCUGCGUCCUGCCACCCAGCUCCCAGCCGCCAGCUAGCUUUACCCAAAAUAAUUGCACAGAAACUGUAUUCAUUUAAACACUGCUUGGUCCAUUAGCUCUAGCCUCUUAUUGGCUAUCUCUCACAUCUUGAUUAACCCAUUUCUAAUAAUCUGUGUAGCACCAUGAGGUGGUGGCUUACCUGGUAAGAUUAAGCAUGUCUGACCUGGCGGCUGAGAAGUUUACAAAAUUGAUUGCCUUAUUUCAAGUUAUCUUGCCGACAAUCACAUGCUCUACAUCAUCAAAACAGUAAAAGUUUAAGGAAACAAUUUGGAUUAGGAAGAGAAAUUAUUCACUCGAUUGUUAAGGAAUAUGAUAUAUGCCCACAACAUUUACCUGUACCUCACCUGGGAGUAAAUCUUUGAGUUUUGCUUCAUAAUCAUUUAUGGCAAAUUGCUGUAGGAAGUAUUACAACGUGUAUUCGCCUCCUUACUAGGGUGUGGCCUCUCUUACUAUUUACAUGGAAGCUGAGAGUGUGCAUGUGCCCCUUCCCUCUCGUUCCCCUGGCUUCGUGCCCGGUUUUGCUGCUCCUUUGGGUUGCAUGAUUCAGCCGGUCAAGCAGAGAACUCUGAUUUGUGAGUUUACCCUUUAAUAAAUGCCUAUUUCUUAUUUCUGA